UUCAAUCAUCGCCAGUCUUUCUUUUUGCUCUAACUCCAAUUUUUUUUAUUUCAAAAUCUUUAUUUAUCUUUUCUCUGUCCAAUUCUAGCUUUAACUUUUCCAAAUUUAACUUUUCUUUUUCAAUUUCUAUUCGUUGCUCAAAAAACUGUUCUCUUUUCUUUUGUAUAUCUUUAAGUUCACUAAGAAUAGUUUUUGGAGCACGUUUUUUCACUUUUUCGAGGAACGACGGAGUGGUAGGAAGAUCUGUUGCUACCUCUGCUCCUACUGUUGUCUGUUCUGCAUUGUCGUUAAGUGAACCCGAUGGUUCCGCAGAUGAUUGUGAUGAUUCGGCUGGAAUUUCCACUACCUCUACAAGGUCUGCAAAAUCGCUGCAGUAUUGUGACACUUCAGGGUUGUACGUCUCUACAACACAAUUGGCUUCGGAUUUACUCCCAAAUAGAACCGAAAACCGUUCAUAAUUCGGACACAUUUGUGAAAGUUUUGCUGAAAGAACGGAGAAUUAUUAACCCUUUCGGACCUGAAGUUGCUUGUGAGCAAUUUCAAAUGUUUAACGGCUGACUGUGAGCUUUUCAUUUGUUCUUAUUUGCUAAAAUGCAUCUGUAACGAAAGCUUUAUGUGUGUGCUUUAAGCUCAAUUAAAGAACAGCUGAUUUGUUGGCGAUCUGGUAAAGUUAUUUGCAUUUGAACUCAAGCGUGACGUGCAAAAAAAUUUUACGUAUUUGAUAAGAGCUGUUUUUACCUGCCGUUUUUUUUCAAAGCAAUAACAAAAAGUGAUCAUUUUUAAUUGCAGUGUUUUUUAACAAAGUAUAAAUAAAACACUAAAAAAAUUUAAAUUUAUAAUUUGUAAACAAACAUCAAACAUGAGACCUGAACAAAAAGGCUUAACAAAUGAUGAUGUAGAAAGAAUUUUAAACUUUGAUUGGGAUGCCUCUAGUGACGAAGAAAGUGGUGAUGAGUUGGAAGAUAUUUCUGCAGUGCUAGAGAAGAAUUUGGAAGGGAUCUUGGAAAGAGGAGAAAGCAUUGAGAUCGGCCUAAUUGAAAAUGUAGUUGCGGAAGAAUAUGAUGAACAAUCUUGUAGUGCUGUAAAUAUGUGCUUUGAAAAAAUUGAUGCGAAGUCUCUUAAAUGGAGAUCGAGGCCAUUUGAAGACCCAGAGACUGUUUGGAAAGAGGAUGAUAUCUUAAAGGUCGAUAUCGUUCUAGCACCAGUACAAUAUUUCGGUGAACUUUUUGAUACUGAAGCUUUUGAUUUGAUUGCCCAGCAAAGUGAUAUUUUUGCAUUGCAAGAGCUCGGCAUUGAGCUCAAAUGUACUAAGGCGGAAAUAAGACGGUAUAUUGGUGUUUUGUUAUACUUGGGUGUUUUCAAAAUCCCUCAGUUUAGAAUGGCAUGGGCCCAAAAUAUAAAGCUUACAGCAGUUGCAGACUCAAUGUCACGCGAUAGGUUUAUGAAAAUUAAGCAAUGCUUACAUUUCAGCGAUAAAAGCAAACAACCUAAAAAGGGAGACUCAAAUUAUGACAAGUUGUACAAGAUACGCGCAUUACUAAACAUCCUCAAGGAAAACUUUAAUAAGCUACCGCAGGAAGAGCAUCAAAGCGUUGAUGAACAGAUAAUUGCGUUCAAAGGUCGGUCUACUUUCAAACAAUAUAACCCGGCGAAGCCCCACAAAUGGGGUUUCAAAAUGUUCACCAGAGCUGGAACAUCUGGAAUGGUAUUUGAUUUUACAUUGUAUAUUGGUGAAGGUACCUGCCCGUCUUAUGGAUUGGGACUAUCUUCGGAUGUAGUCCUCUAUUUGGCGCAAAAUCUUCCAAAACCAAAAAAGUUUCACUUAACAUUAAAGCCGUAUUUACCUUUUAUUGAGGAAACAUCAUCGCCAACGUCUAUUCCAGCACCAGUCGAUUUGCGCCACUCCUCAGCUUUGUUAUAA